ACGAUUUAAUCCAAUAAAAUAUUAACUAAAAACGAGAGGUGCAUGGGAAUUAAGAGAAAAUUUAGAUGAUUUUGUCGUGAAGGUUGAUCUCCGACAUAAUCCGAGAUACAUGCUAUCAAAUAUAAUUUAGGCGCUCUAUGGAUUUCAAGAGAAAAUUUAAGUUUCUUGGGUUUUUCAUCGGCUUUAUGUUCCUCCGUUUCAUCGUAUCUGGAAAAUGCAGAGGGGUGGUUGGAGAAAAAGCUUCAACCCCAUCAGGGGGGUAUAGUAUCUUUGAUUGUCUGGAUGGGGGUUCUGGGACACUAGUGUGUGGUGUAAAAGAAAGUGUAAAACUGUACACCAACAACAUAAGAACAGCUCAUGUGGAGCUAGCAAGAAGUAAAGCAGUUGAAUCUUCACUGGCAGAUGCACUCUCACAAGGCAUUGAAAGCAAAGCUGCAGCCACACAAGCCAAGAAAGCAGGAGAUAAAGCUGCAAAACUAGCAAUGAGGAAAGCUGAUCGUAUCUUAGGACCUUUUGUUUCUUCUGCAUGGGAUCUUCUUGAAACACUUUAUUAUCAAGGAAUUGGUACAGAAGGAUUUCUAAGGGGUGCUGGAACGUUGUCAGGGACAUAUUAUGUAGGGUUUUUAGGAGAGGAAAGAUUUGGCAGAUUCGGAUAUUUGAUUGGAAGCCAAUUUGGUAGUUGGAUUGGGGGAAAGAUUGGACUUAUGGCAUAUGAUGUUGUUAAUGGCAUGCGUUGCUUGCUUCAUAUUGGUUAAAUAUAGUAACAUGUACAAGAAUGUAAGGACUUAAUGAUAUGGAUUCAUACAUGUCUGAAAUUCUUACAAAUAUUAAAGAAUCUUAAAAGGGGACCAUUAUUCAAAAGAUCAUGUGUUCAUGGAAGAUCUGAAUCACACUAAGGACUAUAUAUGGAGAGGUAAAUGCAGCUUUUAGUUUUCA